GCAGACAAGAUUAAGCAUACUACAAAGACAAUCUCUUUCCUUCUCCUUCUUCUUUCUAUUUUGUUAGGAAAAGUCCUCAAUCCUAAACCCUUGAAGAUUUCUUUAUUCUUUUGUUGUUUUCUUUUCUUGGGGGGGGGGGCGCGAAGGGGGUUUUAUUAGUUUGAUCACUUGGUGCAAGGUUUUAUGAUUGUUUAUACAAUAAACAGGGACUCAUAACUUUAUAAGAGAGGCUGAUAACAUGGCUCAUAGCGCGGCAUCAUGUGCUGAGAGGGCAACCAAUGAUAUGCUGCUCGGUCCAGAUUGGGCUCUAAACAUUGAGCUAUGCGACAUUAUAAACAUGGAUCCAGGGCAGGCUAAGGAUGCGUUGAAAAUCCUCAAGAAGCGGUUGGGCAGUAAAAAUCCAAAAAUACAGCUACUAGCUCUUUUUGUACUGGAUUCUCUCAGCAAAAAUUGUGGUGAGCAUGUUUUUCAGCAGAUUGUUGAGCGUGAUAUCUUGCGUGAAAUGGUUAAAAUAGUAAAGAAAAAGCCUGACUUGAAUGUUAGGGAAAAGAUACUUAUUUUGAUAGACGCGUGGCAAGAAGCCUUUGGAGGAUCUAGUGGAAAGUAUCCUCAAUAUUUUGCUGCAUAUAAUGAGCUACGGGCUGCUGGAGUUGAAUUUCCUCCUCGAGAAGAGAACACUGUACCAUUUUUUACACCACCUCAAACUCAUCCCAUAACUCAUCACCCUGCUUCAGAAUAUGAUGCUGCUGCUAUUGAGGCCUCUCUACAAUCCGAUGCUUCUGUCCUCAGCUUGCAAGAGAUGCAAAAUGCUAGUGGGCUAGCAGAUGUAUUAAUGGAAAUGCUUAGUGCAUUGGAUCCAAAUACUCCUGAGGCUAUGAAGCAAGAAGUCAUUGUCGACCUUGUUGAUCAAUGUCGUUCUUACCAAAAGCGCGUGAUGCUUCUUGUUAAUAAUACCACAGAUGAGGAACUUCUGUUUCAGGGAUUAACACUAAAUGACAGCUUGCAGCGUGUUCUUUCCCAGCAUGAUGACAUUCUGAAAGGAAAUACUGUUCCAACAGGAGCAGUAGCAGAAACUCCUGUUGUGCCGUUUGUUAAUAUCAACCAUGAGGAUGAUGAGUCAGAAGAUGAAUUUGCUCAGCUAUCUCAUAGAUCAGCAAGGGAUAAUUCUCAAGGACAGGGCAGGAGAGCACUUAAAAGUGAGCCUGGUCGAGUUGAUCCAUUUCUUCCUCCUCCACCCCCGUCAAAAAGUCCGGUUGCUACAAAUGCCAGCAUGGUUGAUUACCUUAGUGGUGAUACCUACAAAACUGAGAAUUCCCCUGAAGCAAGAGAACUUGCACCUCAUUCCGUUCGCACUCGUACACACACCAACCCUCUAGCUCCAUCAUCACCUCCUUACCAUUCUGGUGACUCUGGUUCCUCACCCCUGUUCAACGGACAGCCUGUAUACGACAAACCCGCUUCCUUGAGCAACUCCACUGAUGCUGAGUUGCUACCUCCAGCACCCUGGGACGCUCCUGCUAAAAACGUUCCACCACCACCUUCAAAGUUUAAUCAGAGACAGCAAUUCUUUGAGCACAAACAUGGUUAUCCCGGUGGUUCUUCUAAUUCCAGUAACGGGUCUGGUUCCUCGUAUGACAGCUUGGUUGGACAAGCUCAAAAUCUCUCCCUUAGCUCGGCGAAUCCAACGAAAGAAGUAAAACCAGAUGACGCUCUCUUCAAAGACCUGGUUGAUUUUGCCAAAGCCAAGUCGUCUUCAUCAUCCAAGCCCAACAAUAACAGGUCAUUUUGAUCGUCUCCGGUAGCCAGCUUGGUUUUGGAUGGUACAGCUCGUGAACAGUUAGUAGAUAUUAUCAGGUUUUGUAUUAGAUUACGAGGUUUCAUGUUAUUAAAUAAACAUGCGUUUACACAUUGCUUAUGGGUUUUCUAUGCUGUUUAUCGGUUCCGUUUGAGACAAACUGCUGGUUGGAUAUAUUAAUAUAUUUUGCAUAUAAUCAA